AUGACAAAGUUGAUUUACACAAUUUGGGCUCUAUUGUUAAACAUUUCUGAAUUCUCAAUUUUUCGAACGUGUUUCGCAAACGCUAUGGAGGACGAAGAUCGUGAAUCGCUACUUUGUGGGCCACCAUUAAGUUCAUUUUUCUUCAGUUCUGGUAUUUACAUGAUUAUCGUUCAUUCAAUCCUUUUUCCACGUUUCUUUCGUGAACCACAACUGGUUUUCUUAAUACUCUAUGAGUUUCUAGCCGCAGCAUUCAUCUUAGAAUUUGCACUUGCUUGCAUUUGGACGCCGAUCGACGUGCUAAUUUCAACCAGAUUUCCUACGGCUGCUUGUCACGUAACGUAA